UUCGGAUCAGCUACACUUAUACAAUUCUAGCUCAAAAUAAUUUCUUCCAACUUCCAAGAAUGUCGGAAAAGGUUGAUGGGGAACAACGUCAAAAUUCUAAAACUAUUCGUCAAAAUCAAAAUGUUGUCGUCGAGUUAUAUUUUGGAUUAAGAGGUUUGCAGCAAAUUGACAGUUUGGGGAAAUUUAAAAAUUUACAAAGACUAUGGCUCAACCAAAAUAAGUUGAGAAAGGUUGACUGUCUACAUGAUAACUUCCGUUUGACUGAGCUCUACCUUCAACACAAUUUACUUGUGAGCAUUACUGGUUGCCUUCGUCAUCUUACUGAACUGCAAGUUUUAAUGCUGCAAGGAAACCAAUUAAAAUAUUUGACAGAAGUAAUUCAGGAGUUUGUGCGAAUGCACAGAUUACGAGUGUUAAAUCUUUUCGGUAACCCGUUGGCACAAGAUUAUUGCUAUCGAAAUUACGUAAUUAACGGCAUUAGAUCCCUUCAUUGCCUUGAUCGCCGAGAAAUCUUGAAGAAAGAGCGUGAUGAAGCUCGAAGACAUUAUGGAGAAGAUUAUUACAAUCGUGAUGAAUCCAUCGCUUUUGGAAGUCGGAUUGCACAUUGUAUGGAGAAAACUCGCACACAAUUAUCUCAAGUGGACAGUUCAUGUAGAAGAACGCUCUGUUCUAAAGAUAAGAGAAUAUGUGAUUCAGAAUCAAAGGCAAAGAAUGCAUUGCAACGAUCGACUAUGCAGUAUAAAUAUUUUGAUUGGUCGUCAAUGCCAUCAUCUGAAGAACGCCGUCUCAAUCCAGAUGCAUCUGAUAAGCCGAUAAAAAUAUUAACUGUAAAUAUAAAAUAAUAUCAUGACGCUGUGCAUUUGAAAAUGUUAGAGAUAAUUCGUAAAUAGUUUUAGAUAAGUGACGAAGAAGGGUUAGAUUGACAAAAUAUCACCAGUAUUACUCUCUUCA